GUGAUCACAGGAUUUUUUUUUUCUUCUUACCUAACUUUGAACAGGUAAUGGAGAGUGAAGAGUUCAUGUUGCUUCCAGCCAAUCAACUCAUUGAUAUAAUAUCCAGUGAUGAACUAAACGUUCGCAGUGAAGAACAAGUGUUCAAUGCAGUGAUGGCCUGGGUCAAAUACAGUAUUCAGGAAAGACGUCCUCAGUUACCCCAGGUGCUGCAGCAUGUUCGUUUGCCUUUGCUUAGUCCCAAGUUCCUCGUGGGCACAGUAGGCUCUGAUCCCCUCAUCAAAAGUGAUGAAGAAUGCAGAGACUUGGUAGAUGAGGCUAAAAACUACCUCCUGUUGCCGCAAGAACGACCACUAAUGCAAGGACCAAGGACAAGACCACGGAAACCUAUCCGAUGUGGGGAAGUACUCUUUGCAGUUGGUGGUUGGUGCAGUGGAGAUGCCAUUUCCAGUGUUGAACGAUAUGAUCCACAGACCAAUGAAUGGAGAAUGGUGGCUUCAAUGAGCAAAAGGAGAUGUGGAGUUGGGGUCAGUGUUCUUGAUGAUCUGUUAUAUGCAGUAGGAGGCCAUGAUGGAUCCUCUUAUCUCAACAGUGUUGAAAGGUAUGACCCCAAAACAAACCAGUGGAGCAGUGAUGUGGCCCCUACAAGCACCUGCAGGACAAGUGUUGGUGUAGCAGUACUUGGAGGCUUUCUCUAUGCUGUGGGUGGCCAGGAUGGCGUGUCUUGCCUCAACAUUGUUGAGAGCUUUUCAUCAUUAGAUUUUAGAGUCUCAUGUGGUAUGAUUACUGAUAAGAACAUAUAUUUCAUCCUUACUUCUGAAAAAGAAAUGAGUCAUGACUCUAAAAUUUUUGAGUUAUCCGAAGGGAACAAUGACUCGGUAGCUUCUAUGAGUACCAGAAGACUAGGUGGCUUGGCUGUGUUAGGAGGGUUCUUAUAUGCUGUAGGUGCUCUGACGACAUCUCCACUCAACACAGUGGAACGUUACAAUCCUCAGGAAAACAGAUGGCACACUAUAGCCCCUAUGGGGACCCGGAGGAAACACCUAGGCUGUGCAGUGUAUCAGGACAUGAUCUAUGCUGUAGGAGGUAGAGAUGACACUACAGAGCUGAGCAGUGCUGAGAGAUACAACCCCAGAACCAACCAGUGGUCUCCGGUGGUGGCCAUGACAUCACGCCGUAGUGGAGUUGGCCUGGCAGUGGUCAAUGGACAGCUCAUGGCAGUAGGAGGUUUUGAUGGCACAACAUACUUGAAGACCAUAGAAGUUUUUGAUCCUGAUGCCAAUACAUGGAGGUUAUAUGGCGGGAUGAAUUACCGUCGGCUAGGGGGUGGUGUAGGAGUUAUUAAAAUGACACAUUGUGAAUCCCAUAUUUGGUGAACACAGAGAAGACAGAGUCUUGUACAUAUUCCUCUGUAUUCUGGGGAGCUUUGACCUUGGAGCUUUGUACAGCUUGAGAAAACAUUAGAACAAAUUUUAUUAUUUGCCGGUGCCUCAACAUAUGGAAAUACAAAUGAAAGUACUUCACCUGCAAGAUGCACAAUAAUUUUCAACUCUGUGCAGAAGAAUAUUUAUUUUUGGUUUUAAUUUAUCAUGGUUUUUUGUUGUUUUCGUUUUGAACUUACCCUUCCUCCUACAAAAAAAAGAAAAGAAGAAAAAAAUUCCAAGCAGCAAAACUUACUUUGUUUAUAAGGUAUUGAUUUAGGUUUGAAAAUACUAUUUAAUAAGGGCAUAAGGGCUAUAUAUGAUUUGGCUGUUAUUUCUAGACACUCCAUCCACGUGAUUCCCCUAACAAGGAUUACCAGGAAUUAAGGUAGGUAUGCAAAAAUGUAUUAGCUAGCCAUUAUUCUUGCACUAACCACCAGAACACUUGAAAAUCUAAAAAAAAAAAAAAAAAAAAAAACCAAGAAAAGGCAACAUCUCAUUUUAAAUAGUACAAUUCAGAAGGGAUACUAAAUCAAUAAAAACCAGGACUCAGACACUACAGUUUU